AUGGGUAAUAAAAAUACUUCACCACAUUUAAUAAACUCCUCAUCAAUAAAUGGAUAUGACAAUCAUCGACCUUUUCAACAGCAUAAUCUAACUAAUAACGACGAUACUGAUAAUAGUUGUGAAACUUCGUCUUAUCAAAGUAGUAAUGGCAAGAAACAUGGGCCAUCGCCACGUUUUCGUCGCCGUCGUGAUACCCGACAGUCGCCAUUAGAUAAAAAAGGAAAGAAACUCCAGUCUGCCUCGUCGCAUUUAAAUGUCAGUCUCCAAUCGUUUGGUGAUCGAACAAUAAGUCUAUUUUCUCGAAGUUUUAAUUUUCUCCAACAAUCGAAUUCAUCCUCACCAUUAUGUGAAACUCAACAAAAACAUGACAACUAUCGUGAAUAUCCACCGGGCUCCCAUUCCGGAGUAUAUCGGAAUCAAUCGCGACGAAAAUACCAAACAUCAUCUCUACGAAAUCCGUAUCGACGAUCGAGUACAAACUUUCCAGUCCGAGGCCAUGAAGCCAUGUUUCUACCGGAGUUUUCCAUCAAGGGCAAAGUUACGGAAGCAGAUUUCGAAGUCAUCGAUAUCAUUGCGAGGGGCGCAUUCGGUAAUGUGAUAAAAGUCUCUUGCAACCACAAUAAACAAGUUUAUGCUAUGAAGAUCAUGAGUAAAUCGCAGAUCGUUAAAGAUAAUGCUGUUCAACAAGUAAAAGAUGAAGUGACAAUUGCACAAUCGUGCCUUUCGAAUUCGUUUAUUGUUCAUACUCAUCAUUAUUGGCAAUCUCGUCGCUUUUUAUACAUCAUAACUGAUUAUGUCGAAAAUGGUGAGCUAUUAUCUUUAUGGCUGCGCAUUCGUCGUUUUCCCGAAAUGAUUGUUAAAAUUUAUAUCGCUCAAGUUGCGAUGGUACUUGACUAUCUACAUAAUAAAGGUAUUAUAUAUCGAGAUGUGAAAAUGGAGAAUAUUUUACUCGAUGAACAUGGAAAUAUCAAGAUGAUCGAUUUUGGCUUAUCGAAAUGGCUUCCUAUGGGUCAACGAACAACGACUAUUUGUGGAACAUUGCAGUAUAUCGCUCCCGAAGUGCUAAGCGUUCGACCAUAUGAUCAUCGCGUUGAUUGGUGGAGUUUAGGUAUCCUAAUGUACGCAUGUUUAUUUGGUGAAUAUCCGGUGUCAGCUACUAAAGAUCAUAUAUCCAUGGCGAAUAAAGUAUUAAAUCAUAAAUUUCAUUUCCCAUUGAAUGGUUUGGAUAGCAAAACUGAUAUUAAAGAACUGCUCGAUCAUCUGUUAGAAAAGAAUCCCAAUCAACGUUUAUGUUCGUUGGAUGAACUACGUCAAACAUCAUUCAUGUCAACUAUUAGCUUCGAUCGGAUUUAUUCGAAGUCUUAUUUUCCAAUUGCAAUCUUGAUGAAUACGAAGACCGAAUGGCACAAUGAAUUGAAAGCACAUUAUGGUUAUCAGGGCAAAUCCCAAAUAAAUGACAAUGGAAAUGUUUACCAUUCGUCUCCUUCGUCGUCCCGACAGACUUUCUAUGAAAAUCUGAAUAAUAAUCUAUCCACUAAAUGA